AAAAACAUUUGGUCGUCAGCCAAUCCAGUCAACGUAUCAUUGAAAUCUCGUUUACCCUAGACAUCAUCGCGAGAGUUUAGUACGGCCUUUCUCCCCGAGGUGCUGGUGAGGAAAGUGUACACAUUCAGAACACUUCAUGAUGAGUUAUGCUGAAAAGCCAGAGGACAUAACACGAGACGAGUGGAUGGAAAAGCUCAAUAAUGUUCACAUUCAGCGGGCAGACAUGAAUCGACUCAUCAUGAAUUAUCUUGUGACAGAGGGGUUUAAAGAGGCAGCCGAGAAGUUCAGGAUGGAAUCGGGCAUUGAGCCUAGUGUUGAUCUGGACUCUUUGGAUGAAAGGAUAAAAAUAAGGGAGAUGGUCCUGAAGGGACAAAUUCAAGAGGCCAUUGCACUGAUCAACAGUCUGCAUCCUGAGCUGCUGGACACUAAUCGCUACCUGUACUUUCAUCUUCAGCAACAACACCUGAUCGAGUUGAUCCGUCUGCGGGAAACGGAGGCUGCACUGGAGUUUGCACAGACGCAGCUGGCUGAACAGGGAGAGGAGAGCCGGGAGUGUCUGACUGAGAUGGAGCGCACACUCGCCCUCCUGGCCUUCGAUAACCCAGAAGAGUCGCCCUUUGGGGAUCUGCUUAACAUGAUGCAGAGACAGAAGGUGUGGAGUGAGGUCAACCAGGCGGUGCUGGACUACGAAAACAGAGAGUCGACACCCAAAUUGGCCAAACUCCUCAAACUGCUGCUGUGGGCUCAGAACGAGUUGGACCAGAAGAAAGUCAAGUACCCCAAAAUGACAGACCUUAGCAAAGGUACCAUCGAGGACCCCAAGUGAAUAAACAAACACCCGGCAUCUCUAUGCUUGCAUUCUGCGGGGGAACAAAACAGACUCUUUCCCUUUCCUUAACUAUUUAUACACAGUGACUGACACUCAAAACAUCCUUUUAUCAACAUUUUGUUUCGUUUACUUGUCGCUUAUCAGAGACUUUGCAUUAAAUGGGCUGCGGAAAUGAGAUUUAAGGAUGACUUCUAGCCAAAAUGGAAACCCUUUUUAAUCGCAGGAGGAGUUCUGUGAUUUUUGUUACCACAAUGUUUGACUUGCUGAGCUGAAUUGAUUGCAUUUUAGCCUCUUUUUUUUUUUUUUUGCAGAGAAUGAUUAUCUAUUUUGGGUCGGUGAAUGUUCAGAAAGUCUACAACUCUAGCUGAGGACUGAACCACACUAUUUAGAUUUAGCUGAGAGUGUCCACUGAAGUGAGGUACCCAAGGCACAGUAGUGGUGUCAUCAAGGACGGUGGACUGAUUGUACUGAUACAGAGAAAGCCAGUUCUGUGUGCUUUCACAACUUUUAUUUGCAGUGCACAAGUAUACAUUUUGUAUGCGUGUUAAAGGGCCCCGUCAAAGAAAAGCUGCCCUUUUUGUUUGAGUACUAAUGUUAUUGCAUUAUAAUGUUAUAAAGUCACGUGACAUUGUUUUCUACUGUAUAUUGUCAUAGUAUUCCUGCUUACAUUGACAUUCAAUUGUGAUUUAUAGAUAUUGCAGAGAUCAAAUUGUAAGCUUCUGAGGUCAGACGCUUUACAUGGGUAUUAAAUAAUCGUUUCUUUUUUAAAUCCCCAAACUCUUUGACUUUGAAAAGUGCUGCUGUUGUCGAAUGCUAUGGCCAAAUACUUCUGCUGUGAUGCUCAAUUCAAUGUUGCAGAGGGGUGUUUUUAUUUUGGCACAUUAAUAUGGUAAAUAAAAGCCACCCAGUUCCUGUUUAUGA